CCGAACCCAAACAAGAACGAACAAGCCUCAUAGCAGCAGCUUUCGGCGCUCUUUUUUCUUUAAUCUCUAUUCUCUCUUUCUUUUCCCUUUCUUAUUCUGUUUUUUUUUUUUUUUUUUAUAUAGUCUCAAAUCAAUUAACCAUCAUCUUCUUCUCUUCUAUACUAUAUAUGUCUAUGUUUCUCUCCGUAUGAUACAUUAGUACAUGUUGUUUUGUGUUUUGUGUACCCAUUAUUACCUACACUGCUCCAAAUCAAUUUAUAUUAUAAUCCAUUAUUACCUUAAACUAAACAAAAAUUAUUUUUUUUUACUUUUUAUGUUGUGUUGUGUUAUUAUAGUAGAAUGAUAUAAUCUUCUUCCUCCACUAUGAACCACCAACACAACCGAACUUGCUUUCUAUCUUCUCACUCUCAACUCAUCAACCAAAUCUAGCGGCAUAUCUUCCACCCUUUACUCAAUUCUUUUCAGUUCUUUUGUUAGGUGAAAUCAAGCCCAUUAAUGUAUGUACGCAUUAGAGAAGGGCAUUGAAACACACUGAUUUCUGGUGGAGCUUGACUAGUCGUCUUCUAUGCUGUCUUUUGUAACAGAAAAUAUGGGCUUACUCUGUAGCAGAAAUCGUCGUUAUAAUGAUGCUGAUGCUGAAGAAAAUGCACAGGCUGCAGAAAUUGAAAGAAGAAUAGAGUUAGAAACAAAGGCUGAAAAGCAUAUUCAGAAACUUCUACUACUUGGAGCUGGAGAGUCAGGGAAAUCCACAAUCUUUAAGCAGAUAAAACUUUUAUUUCAAACUGGCUUUGAUGAAGCAGAGCUAAAAAGCUACCUACCAGUCAUUCAUGCUAACGUGUAUCAGACAAUAAAAUUACUGCAUGAUGGAUCAAAGGAGUUAGCUCAGAAUGAUAGUGAUUUUUCAAAGUACGUUGUAUCCGAUGAAAAUAAGUACAUUGGGGAAAAAUUAUCAGAAAUUGGAGGCAGGCUGGAUUACCCAUGUCUCACCAAGGAACUUGCACAGGACAUAGAGAAUCUAUGGAAGGAUACUGCAAUUCAGGAAACAUAUGCCCGUGGUAAUGAGUUCCAAGUUCCAGAUUGUACUCAUUAUUUCAUGGAAAAUUUGGAGAGGCUGUCUGAUGCAAAUUAUGUUCCAACAAAGGAGGAUGUUUUGUAUGCAAGAGUGCGUACCACUGGUGUUGUAGAGAUCCAGUUCAGCCCUGUUGGAGAAAAUAAGAAAAGUGGUGAAGUUUACAGACUCUUUGAUGUUGGCGGCCAGAGAAAUGAGAGGAGAAAAUGGAUCCAUCUAUUUGAAGGAGUUUCAGCUGUAAUAUUCUGUGCUGCAAUUAGCGAGUAUGAUCAAACACUUUUUGAGGAUGAGAACAAGAACAGAAUGAUGGAGACUAAGGAACUUUUUGAGUGGGUUCUGAAGCAACAAUGUUUUGAGAAAACAUCCUUCAUGUUAUUUUUAAACAAGUUUGACAUAUUUGAGAAGAAGAUCCUGAAUGUCCCACUUAAUGUAUGUGACUGGUUCAAAGAUUACCAGCCAGUUUCAACAGGGAAACAAGAGAUUGAACAUGCAUAUGAGUUUGUGAAGAAAAAAUUUGAGGAAUCAUAUUUCCAGAGCACUGCUCCUGAUCGCGUGGACCGCGUCUUUAAGAUCUACCGGACCACUGCUCUUGAUCAGAAGGUUGUUAAGAAAACCUUCAAGCUUGUUGAUGAGAGUCUGAGGCGGAGGAAUCUCUUUGAGGCUGGCUUGUUAUGACCAGUGAACCAUAUGUUAUAAGAGGGAUGAAAUAUAUUUUUACAUUGAAGAGGUGAUAAAGAUUUUGGGUAUACUAGAGGUCAGGUAUACUAAAUAUUAAAUCGAUUUGUUGAUUUUGUUUCAAGUAAAUCUUGUUGAAAGAGUGGAUGGAGAAAGGCCAUUCUAAAUAGUUGAUCUCCACGUCCAUGUUAAAAGCGCAAAUUUGUUGCGUUGAAGUUUCAAGAUUUGAU